AUGAAGGCCAUCCAAAUCCAAGAAUAUGUCCCCGGCCCCCUCUCCCUCCGCGUCACCUCCAUCCCCGACCCCAUCCCCACAGCAGACCAAUACCUCAUCGCCAUCAAAGCCUGCGCCACAAACUUCUUCGACCUCCUCCAAAUCCGCGGAAAAUACCAACAUCAACCCCCCCUCCCCUGGACAUCCGGAGCAGAAUUCUCCGGCAUAAUCCUCUCCUGCCCUUCCUCUUCCUCUUCCCCAAAAUUCCGCCCCGGCGACCCCGUCUUCGGCUCCUCCCAAGGCAGCUACGCGCAGCUUAUCUGCUGCACAGAAUCCCAAAUCCAACCUCUUCCCUCCGGAUGGAAUUUCCUCGAUGCAGCAGGUCUCUUCGUCACAAUGCCGACUUCUUACGCUGCGCUCAUUACUCGCGCGAACUUGCAAGCUGGUGAAUGGGUUUUAGUCCAUGCUGCUGCAGGUGGAGUCGGACUCGCUGCUGUGCAAAUCGCGAAAGCGAGGGGUGCAACGGUGAUUGCGACGGCGGGGACGAAGGAGAAAUUGGAGAUUGCGAAGAGGUUUGGUGCGGAUUUUGGGGUUUGUUAUCGUGAGAAUGAGGAUUGGACUAAAGAGGUUUUGAAAUUGAGACCUAGGGGGGUUGAUGUCGUUUUCGAUCCUGUAGGUUUAAUUUCCCCUUCUCAGAAAUGUAUCGCAUGGAAUGGCCGAUUACUCGUUGUAGGUUUCGCAGGAGGACCGAUUGAAAAAAUUGCUACGAAUAGAAUUUUGUUGAAGAAUAUUUCUGUCGUGGGGAUUCAUUGGGGCGCGUAUGCGAAAUUUGAACCUCAGAGGAUAGAGGAGGUGUGGAGGGAAUUGUUGAAGUUGAUGGAAAAUAAGGAAAAAAUUCGACCGACGAAUUUUACGGAUAAGGUUUAUAGGGGGUUGGAGGAUGUUCCUAAGGCGUUGGAGGCGUUGGGGGGGAGGGAGACUUGGGGGAAGGUUGUGGUGGAUUUACCGGAGGGGAGGGAGAGUAGGAUUUAGAUUGUCUUUUUUCUUUUGAUGGGGUGGGUAGAGGUAGUCUACCUUAGGGUUCUUGAUCAAUUACACAUGUCAUACAGAUUGC